AUCAGUACAUAGCUGAUUUUUUAAACAGUGUUCGUUUCAAGGACUAACUGAUAUUUCACACGGAGCAACUAUAGUUCAAGCUUCUUCAAUAUAGAAGCUCAAAGAAUAAUUCUAUCUUUAAUAUCAGAUUUAAUUUUCACAGGUAUGGGUAUAUCAAGGCAGAUUGCAAGGCCAAGAUAUAUCAAUGCAAAUGACGAACUUGAAAGCAUACAAUUGUUAGAACCACACACAUGCUUAAAAAGCUUGAGAAAAAAGUCGUCAGACAGUUAUGUAAAAAUGCUGCUUCAUCUGGAUGUGCUACCGAACCAAGGAAGAUUUUUGAUCAGGUGUGCGAUGAUUAAAGGACUAUGGGAAAUUGUUAUCGCACAUAGAAAUAUAUUGCAUACAAAACAUAUGUUGCAGUCAUCCUGACAUAGCCGGAAGUACUUCUUUCAAAAUCGUCCAGAAAUCUAUUCAACGAGCAAAGAAUACUCCUAAUGCAGUUAGUGGCAUUAAAAACAAAUACAACUCUAUUGAAGAUUUCGCCAGAGACCUUGAAACUAAUCCAAGGCUUUUAGUACGAGUAGGAAAAGAAAGGGAGACAACUAUCUUUGCAGCAUUAAUUAAAACGUCUUCAUCCAAAACUCAUCAUUUAAUAAUAUAUGAUGAAGAAUUAUUGAAGGAAUUCGACAAUGAAAAUGAUAUGUUUAUAGACAGUACAUUUAGAUCAGCACCGGAUAUAAAAGGAGUUAAGCAAGUGCUUACAGUAAUGUGCAAAAAUUAUAACACAGUGAGAUAUGUUUUUUGUAAUUAUUUUCAAUAAAAUUUAUUAAAAUUGUCUGCCUAUGUAAAAGUAAAAUAACACUGUACUAUGGCUAUGUUCUGUAACAAGAAUCAAUAGUGCGGUGAACUAUAUGAUAAUAAGUCUUUUGUUAGGUUGUUCCGUGUGUUUGGGUUUUGAUGAGCAGACGUACCACUAUAGCUUACUAGUCUAUUUGGACUCAUAUCAAGGAGAAAUUUCCUCAUUUUCAGCCAAAAAGAGCGAAUUGCGACUUUGAAAAGGGGGAGAUUAGGUCAUUAAGAGAAUCGUUUAUUGGAAUACGAGUAAGAGGGUAUUAUUUUCACUUUUGCUAAGCUAUUGUGAGAAGAGCUAAAUCCAAAGAAUAUAGCCUAUUUUUAAAAAAAAGAUAAUGCUAAGCUAAAUCCAAAUGGUCAUGAAGUGAUCAAGAAAAUUAUUUUAAUUGCUCUUCUUCCUCCGCAUCAAAUUCCUGAAGCUAUAGACAUCAUAAGGAAAAUAAUUGAAAAGCAUUUCAAAGACAACGCAAAAAGUUUAAAAAAAUGGAAAAAAUUUGUUGUUUACUACAUUCAGAAUGAAUGGAUCAAGAAGGUGACUCCCAAAGUAUUUUCAGAUUUCAAUAUGGUUGAUAGAACCAAUAAUUUUUUGGAAUCGUACCAUCGCACAAUCAAUGAGAUAAUGAGGUCCAACCCACUGUCUCAUAUUAUUUUCAAUCUUUAAUAAAGAUCAAGGAUAGAGCCAUUGUUGAUUUACAGCGAGAAAAAAAGAAGCUGGAAACUACAGUAAUGCCAGAACUGCAAACGCGUUUACGCGAUGAAACCAUACGCAUAGCCUGGCUGUAAAUGUAGUCCGACUCACCAUGGUCUGUAGAAAAAUUUCUAAAUGAAUUAGCAGGGUACAAAGAUAACAAAAUAUUAGACCAGAUUGAACAAAAUGAUGAAAUGAUGGGUGAGACGGAAACUGAAGAAGAAAUUGAUGAUUCUGAUGACGAGGAUGAAGAGGUCGAUUUUGAAGAAUUUACUUACGACAGUAGUGAAGAUUUGAGUAUGAAGGAAUUUAAUUUUGACGCAGAUAAGAAAACUAUUAAAGUUAUUGAGCAAAAGGAAGAAAGUAUAAUUCAGAGUCAAGUCAAAGGAGAAAAAGAAAAACAACGGGUCAAAAAGACAGAUACUAAGAAGAAGAUUACAAAAAGAAAGAUAAAUGUCAAACAAGAAAAGCCUUUAUGAUCAAAAAAGGUGUAUAAAAAAAAAAACGACUCCGAUUUCGCUUAUUUUUGAAUAGUUGCGAAGCUUUUUGGAGCGAAAGGAGUGGAAGAGCUUUCGAACAAUCAUGACAAACGAUCCACAUCUUGACCUUGAAGCCCAUAAGACUGGGUUCCAACCCACUCGAUUGACUUUUUUUUUAUUCUAGAGUUAUUUGGCACGAUGUGCAGUCUUAAAAUUCAUUUAUUUGUUAGGAAAUAAGUAUCCUGAAACUGUUAUUUCUGGGAGAAAAGAUCCGCGCCCCUACCCUUUUGGAGCGAGCGACUGGUUGUAUGCGGAAAGAGAAGCCACCUGACCCGCAGGUGCAGAGUCUCACUCCCCCGACGCCUGUGCAUCUACAGCCGGAGAGCUGUUUUACAUAUAACUAUGAUAAGUGCACCAUGAGUACAGCUGGCUCAUUCAGUCCAUUCUCUGUGGAGUCCCCACUGAUGGAUACCUGCGAAAACUUAAAGUAAAUAUAUUUAUGCAAAAACCUGUCCACUGAAUAGGUCAUCCGCAUCAUUGGCAAUCCCAUUGACCAGAAUGCAAUAUAUGCGAUAUGUUAUCUGCAAUCCUGCGAAGCUGCGACGUAUAAAAGAGGAUCUUGAUCUUGAACCGCAGCUCUUUUGGUCCUGAACGCGCGCACGCGACGAUGAUAUAGAGUGAAACUUCAAAUCGUUUGGUGUGGAAUUCGUCUGGUGCUUGUAGUGUCACUUUUGGUCUGGAUUUUGCUGUCGGCAACAACAAGCAAAAUGAGGAAUCCUCAGAGCGAGAAGAUCUUGGACGACCAGGAGUGCUUCGAGAUAGUGCGCAAAAAGCUCAGCCAAGAGUCGAUGGACCAUUACAAGCUGGUCAACUACGAGGUGGUAGCUCUAUCCUCGUGCAGCGGCUUCAUGGGCCAGUACUUCAAGUUGAAAGCUACGGUGGCCUCGCCGCUGGACACCCGCAAAAUCGAAUUUUUCACGAAGCUUCCUCCGAGCAGCGACAGUCCCCAGCACGAUUUCAACGUCGAGAUGGGCAGCUUCCGCAAGGAAGUCGAUCUCUACACCACCGUCUUCCCCGAAGUGCUGUCCGGUCUCGACAAGAGGUGCCUACCAGAGUGUUUCCUCAGCCUAGACGACGCGGUGAUUGUGCUGGAGGACAUGGCGCACAGUGGCUUCGUUAUGACUGACAAAUACGUGCCUUUCGACUACGAGCACUGCGCCGUGAUGAUGAGGACCCUCGACAAGUUUCACGCCAAGAGCAUGAUAUUCGAAGAGCUGGCCAAGAAGAGCCUGCACGACGAGUUCUCGCACUGCUUGCACGAGAUACUGUGUCCGCUCAAGUGGCAACCCGCAACCAAGAUGUUCGCCGCAGCCGUGAAGGGCUCGAUCUCGAUGGUAGACCUGCUGACCGAGUUGAGCGAGGAGCAAAAGCAGACUUACAAGGGAAAGAUCGCGAACUUGUCAGUGAAUCACGCGAACAAACUGCUGCCCUCGAGCAAAUACAGAAACGUGCUCUGCCACAGUGAUCUCUGGGCGAAUAACAUCCUUUUCAAGUACAACUCCGAAGUGAAACCCGUAUUUUGCUGCCUCAUCGACUUCCAGCUUGCGAGGUACGACCCACCGGUGCACGACAUAAUGUGCUUCCUGCAGUUCUCGACGACGCGUCAGUUGCGCGCGGAUCACCUGGACGACUUGCUGCGCAUCUACCGCGAGAGCGUGACAGCGUCGUUGGCCGAAUCUUUGCUCGACGCCCAGAAAGUCUUCCCUUGGGAGGAGCUGGAGGCUUUGGCAGCGGAGCUGCGCACGAUGUGCAUGGUGCACGGUAUCCUCAACGUGCCGAUCAUGCUGCUGGACGAGGCUGCCGUGAGCAAGUACUUUGUGCUCGAGCCCCAGCGGCUCGAGGAGUUGCUCUACGUUGACAGGACGCCGCUUGUCUAUGGACAGUACGAAGAGGUGCCGGCGUAUAGAGAGCGCAUGCGAGACGCCUUGCUCGAACUUCAUGAUCGUGUGUGCGCCUAGAUGCUGGAGGUGACGAUCGAUUUUCUUUUUUCGAACUAUGAUUGAGGUAC